AUGACUGAAGUCCCUUGUAUAUCUGAACUAUUCUUUCAACAUAAACCAACACCAUUACUUCUUACAUAUUGCAAAAUUAUGAUUAAAGGAUGUGAUCUAGUUCAAUCAAAAGUUCACUGUAAAUUAUUAAUACGAUAUGCUACAAGUUAUGGUUUACUUAGAGAAGUCUUAUCUUCUUUGGGAAAAUUAGAAAUUCAAAAUACACCACCAUCUUCAUUUAUAUUUCGUGGGAACUCAGCAUUUACUCGAUUAUUUUUCUAUUAUAUAGAAUCUACUUCUACUAAAUAUUUAAAUAAAGUUAUAUCAACAUUAGUUAAUGAAAUGAUGACUAACCCAAGAUUCUAUUUUGAUUCAGUUGAUCCUACACAAACUAAAAAUGAAAAUUUAGAAAAUUAA